UUAACCUUGGAAUUUGAUUACUGAUGUUGUUGAACAAAUUCGUAUUGGAGAGCUAAUGGUAGAAAGUGAGAUCAAGCAUUCCUAUCAUUAUCAUAAUUUAAGACUCACUUUUAGUGGGAAGACCAAAGAUGAUGAUAGUUAGUGCGAUGGGUGCACGAGACCUAUAUCAACUCCUUUUUAUAGUUGUGAGCAAUGCAAGUUCUUUCUCCACAAAGAUUGCGCUGAAUUGCCUAAAAAAAUGCCACACCCAUUUCACAAGCAUUUGCUUACUCUCCCAAACUCACACAAUGAGUAUGAUUAUUCAUGGUGCGAUGCUUGCGGACGUGUGUAUCAAGGAUUUAGCUACAGAUGCUUCGAUUGCAGGUUCAAAAUUGACAUUCAAUGUAUGUUAUUGUCGGACACCUUGAAGCACCCAAGUCAUGAGCAUUCACUCUUUCUUGUCCACAACAAUGAGGGAACGAGUUGCAGUGCUUGUUUCAGAAAACUACAAUCAAGGGAUGUUGCAUAUAGAUGCAUGAAGCGCUGUGAUUUCAGUUUAGAUGUAGGUUGUGCAACACUACCACUUACUGCUUGGUACAAGUAUGACAGGCAUCCUCUUCCUUUGACUUUUUCUGAUGAUUCUGAGCCUUCUCAACUUUACUGCGAUCUCUGCGAGAAAGAAAGAGAGCCAAAUCGUUGGUUUUACUAUUGUGCUGAUUGUGAUAACUCUCUUCAUCUCAAUUGUGCUAUUGGGGAUAUCCCAUAUAUGAAGCUUGGGAACAAAAUCAAAAGUACAGAUCAUCGACAUCCAAUCACUGUUGUGAAAAACAUCUGGAAUUGCCCUCCAUGUAUGGUAUGUGGUGAGGUUUGCAAUGGGUAGACCCUAGAAUGUGAAGAAUCUGGAUGCAAUUUCACUGUCCAUUGGGGUUGCCGUUGGGGUCUCUGGGAAUCAUUUGAAUGAUAUUCCACUCAAGUUUAAGAAACAGAGAAGCCGCAACAUCACAGGUGUGUUGCGUAGGGUGGAAGGGUGUAGGAGAUUUGGUAAAAAUGGGUGAUGGCCUUAUUGUAAUCUGCAUUAUGUGAUGUUAAUGGUUGUUUGAGCAGUAGAAGGUUGUGUUAGAUGAAACAUGAUUUGUAACCACA